CCCCUCUGGAGUUUGGCCCUCCCGCGCUAAAACUGAAAACCAGGCUUGAAUAUGGCACAACAAAACUUCCCAAAAUGUCACACAGUUACUCCAAAGUUGAUCAGCUGUUGACAUCGCUGCUUGCAAUUGCCCCUGCAGAGGUUAUCUAAUGCAUCAGAUCCUGCAACCUGGAAGAUUUUUACUCAGAAAUACGUGCCACAUAGUGUGGUCCAAGCAUUACGUUAGUGUUGCCAAGAUGAUGCGGGCAGUGUGUGUUGAUGUACCCGGAGGACCGGAGAAUUUGCUGCUGCAGUCUGUUCCCAGACCUAAUCCCAAAGCAGGAGAAGUCCUGAUUAAAGUUCAUGCAGCUGCCCUCAACAGAGCAGACCUUUUACAGAGACGAGGCCUGUACCCUCCUCCUGCUGGUGAGAGUGACAUCAUAGGCCUGGAGGUAGCUGGUACUAUCCACACCCUGGGUCCAGGGGUGAAAAAGCAAUGGAAACCAGAUGACCGGGUCAUGGCUUUGCUCUGUGGAGGAGGAUAUGCAGACUAUGUUUCUGUGCCCGAGGAGCUUCUCAUGCCCGUUCCCUCUAAUCUCACAAUGUGUCAGGCUGCUGCAAUCCCAGAGGCCUGGCUCACUGCUUUCCAACUGCUGGAUUUUGUUGUUCAGGUGAAAGAGGGUGAGGUGGUGCUGGUUCACGCUGGAGGCAGCGGAGUCGGAACAGCGGCCGUUCAGCUUGUUCGUCUGUUUCGGGGUGUGCCGGUUGUCACUGCCGGGAGCCCAGAAAAAUUGAAGCUGGCUGAGAAACUGGGUGCUGUAGUUGGAUUCAACUACAAAGAGGAGAGCUUUGCACAGGGAGUGCAUGACUUCACUGGAGGCAAGGGAGCAAAUGUGAUCCUUGAUUGCAUUGGUGGGUGCAACUGGGAGUCAAAUGUGAGCUCUUUGGCCAUCGAUGGCAGGUGGGUGCUGUACGGCACCAUGGGAGGGAGGGCGGUAGAGGGAGAUCUGCUGGGCAAAUUGCUGUCCAAGCGAGGCCACUUGCUCACUAGUCUCCUCCGCUCUCGCAGCCUGCAGUACAAAGCUGACCUGGUGAAAGCUUUUACAGGCAGGGUGUUGCCAUAUUUCUCAGACCAGCCUGCCACCCUGAGGCCAGUGAUUGACAGCACAUUUAGCCUGGAUGACAUUGCAGAGGCUCAUAAGCACAUGGAAGCUAACAGAAACAUGGGGAAGAUUGUCAUCAAUGUGAUUCCACAGAUUGAGCAAACACAGUGAUGAAUUCAUACUGUAAUAGAAACGCACUGGCUUUGAAAUUUCCCAAAAUACUGAAACCCACUGUCAUUGUAAAACUUUUCUUUUGUUAGGAAUAUUCAUAAUUUACUAAUAAAAUAGACCAAAUCACUUUUUCAUUUUCUGUUCUAGUAUUGUUACGAUUACGUCCUGUGUUACUGUUCUUUUUCUAUCCCCUAUUCAUUGAGGUGAGUUUUCUCCUGUGGUGGUAUUACUCACAAUUUUCUACAAGCAGCAU